AUGUCUCGUUUCACGAAUUCCUCUAGGCUCUUCCUAUUACUAAAAAAUGGUUUUAAACGUCCUGCAUAUAUUUUAGGCCGUGGUUUCGUCCCUGUGGGAAUUGAAACCGUUGUUACGAGAUCUCGUUAUUCUACAGCCGCUAAAACUGCCAUAUUUGCUUCAACUUUGGCACUACCAUUUCUUCUAUGCUCACCAGCUAUCAAUGAUUCUGAUAUCAAGGCAUCUCUUGAAAAGACAAUUACAGUGGAUCCUGCUGUCACGCCGUUUCCAUAUGAACUUACACCUGAGUCUGCACCAGUUUCGACAGAUUUCACAAUGCUUGGCUAUGGUGUAAGGACAGUAACAUUCCUAUCUUUCAAAGUUUACGGUAUUGGUAUAUAUGUGGCCACUAAAGAUCUAGAACUGAUCCCCAAAGUAUUGAACUCACAAUUCAUGAAGGCAUUAACUGAUGUCGAUAAAAACUUAUCACACAAGGAAAAUGUUCAAGUUGCUCUAGAUGAUGAUGAGAAUUCCAGGAUUGUGAUUGAUAAUAUACUUGCCGCGGGAGUAAGGAUGGUUGCCAAAAUUACUCCUCUUAGAAAUACCGAUUUUAAACACAUGAAAGAUGGCUUGAUUAAAUCCAUUUUAAAACAUCCGGGGUGUAAAUUAGAUCCAGAAGCUGUUAAAAGAGGGAUUGAAGAGCUAAGGAAUGCCAUUUCGAGGAAAGGUUCAAUGCCAAAGGACAACGAUUUGUAUCUAGAGCUUCUACAAGAUGGCAGUCUUCAAGCUUCAUACUAUGAUAGAAAAAAUGAUAAGUCAAUGAAAAUAGGGAAUGUUUCUGAGCCUUUGAUCGGCAAAUUACUGUUUGGACAAUACUUAAGUGGGGGGAGCCCAUUAUGUGAGAAAGCAAAGUUGACAUCCUCAAAGAAGAUUGUUGAUAUGCUUUAA